AUGGCCACUGGCACGGGUAUAAAAGAUCGUUGUCGUCUUUGUUACACGCGUCUAAAAGAUAUAUCAUCUUCGCAUCGUAAAUUAUGGUGUUCACAACAUAAUCAUCGUCUAUAUAAUAUCUAUAAACGACGUCCUUAUCGUUAUCGGGAUCUUAUUGUUCGUUAUUUAUCUAUUCGUUUACCUGAAAAUGAGAACAGUAUUAAUGAAAAUAAUUCCAUCGAUCACUAUUCCCAUGUUGUUUGUGGUACAUGUGCUGCAUCUCUUAAUAAACUCGAUGCAGCAUUUCGAACAUUUCAACAAACACAAAACAAUCUUCGCUUAAAAUUCCGUAAAACAACCCAUAUUAUUCAUUAUCAAUUAGAAAAGCAAAUACAAAAGUCGAUGAAAGAAAAUCAACAAGAACAAUUAGUCGAAACAAAACAACAAAUACAAGAAGAAAAAAAUCCUAUACCAAAGCGACAAUCAAAACGUAAAGGUGCACCAAAACAUAUUGAUCAAACAGUCAAUAAUCAUUUGAAUGCAAAGAAAACAACUGGUGGCGGUGGUGGUGUACAAUUAAUUGUUAAAAUGCCUUCACUCGAUCGUAAGAAUCAUGAUGAUGAUGAUGAUGAUGAUGGUGGUGAUGGUGAUGGUGAUGAACAGCAACAAGAAACUAAAAUUUCAACAAAACGAACAAGUCCUCGGCGAAAACCAUUUCAAACCAAUGGCUCUGAAAAAACAAACCCAAAGAAAAAAUUCAAACGUGUAAACAAUAAUUUAGACACAUCAACCAAUGUAUCAUUUAAAUCUAUUAAUCUUCUUAAGCCGAAGAUGCUUACCGAUUUACCAAUUAAUGAUAAAACUACUACUCCACUUCAUUUAACAACCAUAUCCGGUUCAACUUCUACGAACAGUCGAUCAUUCAACUCGGUGAAAGGCAAUCAUAUUGAACGUAUAGCUGUGUCUUUAUUAUCUGGAACGGAUGCACUUACUGAUGUCGCCAAUAAUAGUUUAAAUCAUUCCAACGGUACUAAUGAUUACAGUUCUAAUCAUAAUUCCAAAAAGACACUUGUGGGUCGUCCUACGAAACCAUCAACAUUAGACGUAACGACAACAAAUAAUAUUCUUUCGUCAACAAUUCCAUCUCCUUCAAUGGAUGAAGAUGACCUAUCAAUUGACGAUGCAAGUAACGAUAGUUCAAAUACGAAUUCAAGUUUAAACCGAAAAAUCAAUCAUACACCUAUUUCAAAUCUUAAUAAAAAUCUGUCAUCACCAUCAACAAUAUCAGCAACAACAACAGCCGAUGGUUUAACAAUAACGGCAAUUAAUCAAACCGGUCAAAAACAAGUAUUCAUGGCCAAACAAUUAGGGAAUAUGAAAAAAUAUCAAUGCAGUUUGUGUGAAAAAAUUGUUACAAAUAUUCAAAUUCAUGUUCGACGUCAUACAAAUGAUAAACCAUAUCCAUGUACUUAUUGUGAGAAGCGAUUUACUAAUUCGGGUGAUCUUCAAAUUCAUGUUCGCAUUCAUACAGGUGAAAAACCAUACGCAUGUCCAUUGUGUUUAAAAAGUUAUCGAACGAUAGGUAAUUUUAAUAGUCAUGUUAAAACACAUGAUUCUGGUGUACGACCACAUCGUUGUGAGUUGUGCAAUCAAACAUUUACUAUACCGAAAGAUUGGUAUUCUCAUUUACGUUCAAGUCAUCGUUCACGAACAGCAAAUACUACUUCUAUACCAUCAUCGUCGAUAUUAAAUUCAACAAAUACAACGACAACAGCAACAAAACCAUUAUUUUCCAAUUGUUUAACAAGUCAACAACAACAUAAUGAAGUAUUUAUUCCAAAUAAAGUUAAAUUAGAACCAAUAAAUCGUUCUCAAUUAAUAAUAAAAUCUGCAAAUGAAAAGACUUCAUCGAAUGAUGAUAAUUUAGAACCUGUUAAUAUGUCAAAAAAAGAAGAUUUAAAUGACUUCGACGACGACGAUGAUGAAGAACAGGAUGAUGACGAUGAUGAACCAGAAGAAAAUCAUCAUCAAUCGACACAUAAUUUACUUGCGAGUGUAUCAUCACCUGUUCAUGCUUAA